AGAGCUUCUCCACAGACCACAGCCGCAGGGCUCCCACUGCAGCUCAGAGGAAAACCUCACACAGAAAAACACACUGGAGGAGAAAGCGCUACCUCACAAGACCACAAGACAGGAGACGGGACAAAGAGGAGGGGAAGAAAAGAGUGAUCAGACAAAUACGCAGAGGAGGUGAGAAGAGCCGGACCAGUUUUGUUUUUUUACUGGAACUUCCAGGGCACGCGGCGGCUCUUCACGUUCUACUUUCCAUUUAAGUCCAUUUAGUCCAUUUAAUAAUUUAUCUUCUGACUCAUUUUUGUUCAUGGAACACAACUUUGCUUUUGAAAAGUUUGACACACAGGUCUGGAUUUUUAUUUGCAAAUCAGCAUUUUUUUUCUCCAUCUGGCUCUUUUUGCAAAUCUAGCACUAUUUCAAUGCCGGCCUCUAAACGUCACCACGGAUCCCCUUAAAGGACCUUCAGAUGCAUCGCCAAAACUACUGAGGCAGAUUCUUCUCUCGCCUCACUGCAGCAACACCUGCUGAAAGGACUUAGUGGAGACACUUGUGAGGUCGAAGCUCUUUGAAGAUAUAUUGGAGGAAACUGUGUUCCCUGGUGAAGCCUCCGUGGGCCGCGGCCCCCACCUCAACCUCAGGAUGGCUGGCUGUACCUGCCGCUGCAGACAGGGGUUGCUAAAACUAAUGCAGUCCCUACAGAGAUUGGUCUCAGGAACCCUCGCAAAAGACAACAUAGACGAUGAGCUCGAGAUGACGACGGUGUGUCACAGGCCAGAAGGUCUUGACCAACUGGAAGCCCAAACUAACUUCACCAAACAGGAGCUGCAGAUCCUCUAUCGUGGAUUCAAGAACGAAUGUCCAAGUGGCGUUGUAGACGAGGAGACAUUUAAACACAUUUACGCACAGUUCUUCCCUCAUGGAGAUGCGAGCAUGUACGCACAUUAUCUUUUCAAUGCAUUUGACACUACAAACAAUGGCUCCAUUAAGUUUAAGGACUUUGUAAUGGGUUUGUCUAUACUGCUGCGAGGAACGCUGAGAGAAAAGCUUGAGUGGACGUUUCACCUUUAUGACAUUAACAGAGAUGGCUACAUAAACAGAGAGGAAAUGACUGAGAUUGUGAGGGCCAUAUAUGACAUGAUGGGCAAGUUCACCUACCCGGCACUGAAAGGGGACGUCCCGCAGCAGCAUGUGGACGCCUUUUUCCAGAAAAUGGAUAAAAACAAAGAUGGAGUGGUGACUUUAGAGGAGUUUAUUAUUGCCUGCCAGGAGGAUGAGACCAUGAUGAAUUCCAUGCAGCUGUUUGAAAACGUGAUGUAGGACAAGAGGAGACGAUGGUGACAAAGACACGGGAAGAUGAGAGGGCUUGGUGUGAGUGCGUGUGUGUGGAUGCAUGCAUGUGCAAUACAUCCAGUCUCUCCUCCUCUCCCCAUCUCAUCCAGCUGUGGCCGGGAUACAACCAGAUUUCCCCCACAAUGACUUGAAAAAAAGGACUGGGCUGGGAUGCUUUAAGCCUUCCUGCAGAGUGACUGACGUGACAGGCUUGGAGGUGAAAGACGUCGCUCUCGAACCCGUCUUGAAGAUUGGCCUGUUCAAGAUUAAGCUGCAAAGCGGCUCCCGACCAGCAAAGAGCUAUCCUUCAACCAGCAGAACUUCAUUUUUCUCACCAAAAGACGUUCCUUUUUUUUAUUUGUGCCAAAAAAUGUAAUUGCAUGCUUUUGCGAGAGGUUUCGAUUCAUCAGAUUCGUCAGAUUUGUUAUGGGAAUCUGGACAUGAGGAAGAAUGGGAAGAAUGUCAAAGAAUUCGGAAACGCUACAGUCCAAGGGUCUGACUUGGUGCGUGAGCGUGCCCGUCUUUGGAACUAUAUGGUUUUAGUGAAAAGAAAGAAGAAAUCAAAUAAUUGUUUUAUUCUUCAUUCUUUUCACCCGCUGCUUUGCUUCUUGUGGUCCAAUCGGUGUUGUCAAAAAUGUUCGUAAAAAAAUCGGGCAUACAUUUUGGAUUUCGUGAUGAAGUGCCCGCAAAACAGAGAUGAUGAAUAAUAUUAAGGAAGAGGCUUGUGAUCAGCAAACCAAUAUUGUUAUUUGCACAGGUGAUCAAGGUGUAACUCUGAUAUGGCGACAAUGAUGACGGUAAAAUGCGUGUUAUGGUACAAACUUAUUGAUUUUCUUAAUAGCUAUUUCAUUAUGUCCGUGAAAGUAUAUACCUCUGAGCGAGCCUGGUCACAUUCCUUGUCUGUAUACAUACUUGGCCAAUAAAGCUAAUUCUGAGAAACAGUCAGAUCCUGGUAUGAGGAAGGUUCUUAUUAUCUUGCAUGAAAAUAAUACUGAAUGUCAGCUUUGGAAUAUAAUAUUUGAUGACACCCAGGACAGCUCCAUCUGUAUUAGUGAACAGUGAGGCGGGGUGUGUUUGAAAGCACCCCUAUAACAGAAAACUCUACUAUAAUAAUACCAGUAGUAUAGUUCACGCACUAAA